AUGGACUCACGGACGAGCUCACCAGCGGCCGCCGCCGCCGCGCCGCUCCUCCCGGACGAUCUCCUCCUGGAGAUACUCCUGCGCCUCCCGCCGGAGCCGAUCUAUCUCUUCCGCGCCUCCUUCGUCUCCAAGCACUGGCGCGGCCUGGUCCACGACGCUGGCUUCCUCCGCCGCUUCCGCGACUUCCACGGCGGGACUCCUCCGGUUAUCGGAUUCUUAAGAAAGCAUGGAGGGCCUCCACUGUUCCUCCCUACCUCCGGCGGCUUCGCGGUCUCUACUCCCACGAUGUCCGACGUCGGCAGGUCGGUCCUCGACUGCCGCCACGGCCGCGCCCUGCUGCACUGCAGACGAUCCAGUACGCUCCUCGUCUGGGACCCCAUGACCACCGAAGAGCACUACCUGCCACUCCCCACGCUGCCCUGUCCGGGGGACUUUCAAUGCAAUGCCGUGGUUCUCUGUGCAGCUGACCACGCCGACCAUAAUGACUGUCACUCGCGCCCGUUCCUCAUGCAUGAUUCAUAUGUUAGGGGAGAGCCGAGGCCGCCUCUGGUUGGAAACACGCUCUACUGGCUUUUGGCCAACCAUCACAUCGUCGGGUUUGAUCUGGAUAAGCAUAGCUUUGAUUUAGUUGAGAAGGUUCCACAUGUCUACUAUCAAACUAUCCUCGUGUCGGCAGAGGAUGAACUUGGUUGUGCUGGAGUUGAUGGAUUCAGUCUUCAUUUCUGGUCAAGGGUAGCUAGCAUUGAUGGGGCGGUAACAUGGACACGUCGCAGAGUUGUUGAUCUGGAGAAGCUUCUUGCGGCAGAAGUAGUGGCGGCAUGUAUGCUUCCAGUGGAGCCAGUUGGCUAUGCUGAAGAUGCUGAUGUGAUCUUCAUUUAUGUUGAUCCUGGCACCUACAUGAUCCGUCUCAAGUCCAUGCAGAUUACGGAAGUCUCUGACAAAGGACCCUACACACAUAUUUUUCCUUACACAAGUUUCUACACGCCAGGAAUCACCGGUGGAGCUGGAGAAGAUCAAGCUGAACUGUUGAACGGCACUUGA